AUGGUUGGGCGGCCGCGGCUGGUGCGACCGGCGCGGCUUCUGCUGGGGUUCAGCCUGGGGGCGCUGCUGACCGUGCUCGUCGUGUGGAGCCGGGACCAGUGGCUGGCGCCGGCCGCCGGUGGUCAGGCUCGGCCCGGACCGGCGCGAGGGGAGCAUCCCCCGCGGACGCGCGCGCCACGUACCGUCCUCUACUGGAACACGUUCUACGACGCCGCCGACUUCUAUGUGGGCUUUGGCGACAAGCCAUUCCGCGGCUGCCCCUACAGCAAUUGCAUCACGACCAACAACCGGUCGCUGUCGUCACGCGCCGACGCCGUCGUCGUCCACAUGCUCAACCCCGUCGACCCGCUGCCCAGGCCGCGGCCGCCGCACCAGCGCUUCGUCUUCUUCCUCAAGGAGCCGCCAACCCUGAGCUACCUCCCGUACGCGCCGUACCGCGACGUCUUCAACUUGACCAUGACGUACCGGCUCGACUCGGACGUGGUCAACGGCUACUACCAGCUGCUGCCGGGCCCGGAGCGGACGCCGCUGCCGCCGCUCGAGACGCGCUCGCGCGCGGUCGCCUGGCUCGUCUCACACUGCGACACGACCAGCGGCCGAGAGCUGUACGUCGACCUGCUGGAGGAGUUCCUUCCGGUGGACAUAUACGGCGCGUGUGGGCCCAACCGCUGCCCCACCGGGGCGCACCAGAACCGUGAGGAGUGCUACAGGCUCGUGGCCCAGCACUACUACUUCUACCUGUCCUUCGAGAACGCGCAGUGCAGCGACUACGUGACGGAGAAGCUGGCGCUGGCGCUGCAGUACGGCAUGGUGCCCGUGGUGCUGGGCCCGAGCCGCGCCAACUACGAGCGUGUGGCGCCGCCCGGCUCCUUCCUGCACAUCGACGACUUCGCCGGGCCGCAGCAGCUGGCCGAGCACCUCAACUACCUGAUCUCCAACAGCACUGCCUACCGCGAGCUCUUCCGCUGGCGCGAACACUUCCACGUGGCCGGCUCGGCCGGCUGGUGCGAGCUGUGCCGCUACCUGCACGAGCCGCACGCGCCGCAGUACUACGCCGACAUCGGCCAGUGGUGGAUCGCCGAGGGCCGCUGCAGCAUCCAGCCGGUGGUGCCCGAGCCCAACUACCUCAGUUGA